AUGUCAUCGAUAUCAACAUUUGAAAUCUUACCGGAUGAAAUUUUAUUGAUUAUUAUAAGAUAUUGUGGUGAUGCUUAUUCUAUAUGUAAAUCAUUUUUUGGAUUAAAUCAACGUUUAAUUUCAAUUGUUAUUGAUAAACGUUUACAUGUAUUUGCUGAUCUUUUACAUAUGAAUAGAAAUGAUCCAGAUAUUAAUUUAUUUUAUAAUUCUAAUUUAUUCUAUGAAAUAUCUCAUCAAUUUUUAUGUUUAAAAGCGAAACAAACAAUGAAAGAAUUUCUUCAAUUAUUAAUUUCUUUUUAUAUUAAAGAAAAAUACAAACAAUUGAAUGAAGAAUUUCAAUUCAAUUUAAAAAAAUUUCAAUUUCAACGAUUACAUCUUACUGAUAAUGAAAUUAAUAAUCUUGAUAAUGAAUUGAACAGAACAUUCUCUUCGUUACCAAUUGAUUUCGAUUCAUAUCGAAUAUCAAAACCAAAAGAAUUUUUUUCUCAAUCGAUUAAGAGUAUUAAACAAAUUGAAUCACUUAUUUUAACUCAAGGUGCAAGUUUUCAAUAUGAUGAGUUUAAUUUUGGUAUGAUAAUAAAUAAAUGGUUUAUUUCGAAAAUGAAUUUUACUCAAGAUGAUAAUCAACAAUUUCUUAAUUCAUUUAUUCAAAUGUUUAAAUCAAUAUUUAUUUCUAAUUUAUCACUUUUUAAAAUCAAAUCUUAUGAAACUACUUAUGAGAAAAUAAAUUCUCCAUUUUAUUUUCUUAUAUAUUCAAUAUAUCAAUUAAAAUAUUUUCCUGAUGAUCGUUAUGAACCAAAUCAUUCUUUAAAAAUUCAUUGGUAUAAAGCUGAAAUAAAUCUAUUUCUUUCUAUCGUAGAUCAUCUAUUUAAUGAAGAAUUUGUUUUGGAACAUUGUCUUUUUGAAAUCUUAGAUAAAACUAUGUUAAUUGUACCUUCUACUUUUGAAGAAAUAUUUAUUCGAACAAGUCAAAUAGAAAUAUUAAAAAUUCUACUUCACAAAUACAAUCAAUAUGAUAAAACAACAUGUGAACAAUAUGAUUCAUUUUUAACAAUUCUAUACAAUUUAUUUCAUACGGAACAAUUGGAUAUUAUUCAAUUGAUUUAUAAAGAAAGUCGAAAUAUUCAAUAUUUAUUUUAUAGAUUAGAAACAUGUGAAGAAAUUGUCAAUAUAAUGAUUAAAAAUCGAGAAAAAAAACAUUUAUUUCAAAUAUUAUUGAAUGAUGAACAAUUAAGAAUAUGGUUUAUAAAUAAAGAUUUAUUAUUUAUUUUAUUAAAAAAGAAACAAAUGAAAAUUAUUAAAUAUUUAUUAAAAUUAUCACCACUACUUAUUCAUCAAUUAGAUCAAGAUGGAAAUGAUCCAAUACUUUAUCUAUGUCUUCAUGUAUCUGGUUGUCGACAUCGUUUAAUUGAAUUUCUAAUCAAAGUGGGAUCUGAUUUAUCUUGUAUCAAUUCAAAAAAUAUCAAUUUUUUUAAUGCAUUACAAAUGACAAGAAAUAAAAAAUUAUUAAACAAAUUAAUCGAACAUGAAAUCAUUCAAAUUAAUUAUAUUUCUACAGAAGUUAAACAAGUCAAUCAUAAUGUCAUUGAUAGUUUUAAUUAA